AAGUCUAUGCUUAUGCGCGCUGAAUAAGGUUAUAUUAUGAUUUACUGUUUGAAACUAUUAUUAACAAAAUGUCACGAAAAAAGCACAAUGUGUCAUAUAUUAAGCCAAAUGAGCCAAAAUUUCUACGUGAAUUAAAAGAACAAAUAGGAUAUAAAGAAGGACCCACAAUCGAAACAAAGAGGGAAGUGUUGCCAGUAGAUUCAGACAAUGAAGAAGAACGUGAUGAAGAAAAACCAGUUGUGGUUGUAUUAAAUUCUGAACAUUUAACAGAGGAACAAGCUGAAGCAUUUAAGAAGAAAAAAGAAGAAGAAGAAGCUAGUGCUCCAGCAGAUCUAUCUAAACGAAUCAUAUUUAGGAAGAAUAAAAUAUCAGAAACAGAAUCAGAAACUGUAGAUAAACCUGUGAAAAAGAAGAUGAAGAGAAGAAAACAGGAAAAGGCAGUGUUAUCUUUCAAUGAUAACGAUGAAGAUUAUCUUUAAUAUUAUUUAUAUGUUUAGAAUAUUUUUUAUAAUGUAAAGUAACAAGCAUAUUUUUUAUAAUGUGCAUUAAACAUGUACAUUAUUGUGCAUCUAUGUAUAAUUAUGUUUAUAAUGAAAUAAUAUUGUACAUAAUAGAACAUUAAUGUUAAAAUUUUUAUGUACAUGAAUUUAUAUUUAAAUGAGAAUACUAUUAUUGCUUAGUUUUUAAGGUACACAUAACAAGACAUAUGAAAUUUUUUAAUAAAAUUAUCUCAAACUAAAUA